AUUUUGGAGGCGCACACAUUACAAUGGCAACAUGUUCGUUGAGUAGCGGUGAUAAAGAUGAAAUAAAUGACCCAGGAGCCGCUCCUUAUGGAAACUUUAUAAACUAUUACACCUUCAAUCCUCCAGAGAACCGUCUGAGCCUGAUCCCAGCCACGUUGCUCCAGGAUCUGGGCUACAGAGACCAGAACACACUGAUCCUGGACGUGGGCUGUAACUCAGGGGAACUGAGUGUAGCCUUUUACAAGCACCUGCUGCAGGAGCCUGUGAGCCAGCAGGAGUCAGCUGACAGCAGAGUAAAUCUGCUGGGCUUCGACUUGGACGAGAUCCUCAUUCAGCGGGCUCAGCAGAACAACCCUCUGCCCGACAGCAUCUCCUUCAUCCCUCUGGACAUCACUAAAGACACCGACCAGCUGCAGGAUUACCUCAAACAGCACGGCUGCUCCCACUUCCACCUGAGUCUGUGCCUGGCCGUCACCAUGUGGGUCCACCUGAACCACGGAGACGCUGGCCUGCUGCAGCUGCUCUCUCGUCUGGCUUCCAUCAGCCAGCACCUCCUGCUGGAGGCACAGCCCUGGAAGUGUUACCGCUCUGCAGCCCGGCGGCUGAGGAAGCUGGGCCGCUCAGACUUUGACCACUUCAAGUCCCUGAAGAUCCGUGGGGACGUAGCGGAACAGGCCAGGGAGCACCUGGAGAGACACUGUGGCAUGGAGCUGGUCCAGAGCUUUGGCAGCACCACCUGGGACCGCAAGCUGCUGCUGUUCAGAAGGAGAUGAGACUGAAGGGUGAGAAGAGUUUUCAUCUGCUGCUGCUCAGGAGCUGCAGGGACAUGAUCAGGAAGACCAAACACUGAUGUGGGGUAUGAGAAGAAAGUGAACUCAUCAGUUGAUCAACAUUCAUUAGCUAACAGUUAUGUAAGUUAUAUUGUUUGUCACUUUUUAAGCAAAAAUGCAAAAAAAAAAAAAAAAUUGGUUCAAGCUUUUCAAAUGUUAAGAUUUUUGGAUCUCUGUCUUAAAUGAUAAUAAACAAAGUAUCUUCAGGUUUUAUUUUCUCAGUCAAACAAAACACGCAGACUGAAGAUGUCACCUCGGCCCCGGCAACAUUUUGUAGAUCAAACUAUUGAUUGGUAGAUUAAGAAAACUGGCAAAAGACAAUUAGGGCUGCAAUUUACACUUAUUUUCAUUCUUGAUUAAUGUCCUAAUUACUUAUAAUCAUUUUGUUAAAAAAUGUCAGAAAAUUUCGAUCUGCUUCCCAAAGCCCCAAGGUGUUGUUUUAAAUAUCUUAUUUUGUGCAAUUAACAGUCAAAAAGCCAAAUAUAUUCAGUGCAAAUGUUAAUAAUUAAACAGAGAAAAGCAGCAAAUCUCCACACUGGAGAAGCUGGAACCAGGGCAUGUUUGAAAUCUUUGCUUAAACAAUAAACAGUUAUCAAAA